CGCCGUGGGAGAGAGUUUGCGCGUGCUUGUGGGCCGACAGCAGGAGAGGUCGAGAGAAUGCUGGGACCGUGGAGCUCGCGCCAAUGGACUUGGACACGAGCUGGGCUUUCCGGUGAUGGAGAAGGGCCGGUCUGUUGACGGUAUCCAUGGUACCCUCCAGUGUGGCAGUGAGCUCCAGAAUAGUGACCAGCCUGUAUGAGAGAUCAGCAGCCUGCUGUGUUGGAACUGUGACUGUCUCCAACCACCAGUGACAGAGAUGAAUGUCAGUGAGUAAAACAAAUCCUAGUCCAAAAACAUAAGGAUCCCGAGGACAAGAAAGACGGCACCUCGUUAGACACUUGUUUUUCUUUCUGAGCAUGUAGCUGCCAUGUUUCCACAUUAGAAUCCAGCCGUCAUCAGAGCAGGAUGCAUGCCAGUGCCAGGAGCACUGGGCAUGGAGAGGGCAGCUCCGCACGUUCAACUAAGUUACAGAAGAACCCGAAGCAGGGGUACCGUAAACUUGGCGUGGCUAGUGGGUCCGGGUCAAAGUCGGCCGGGACAGGGUCAGGGGGUAAAACCUUGUCUAUGGAGAACAUCCAGUCCCUGAACGCAGCCUACGCCACCUCCGGCCCCAUGUACCUAAGUGACCGCGAUGCCUUGGCCUCCUCCGGUGGCUACCCUAAAGGAACCAUGACUCUGGGGCGAGCCACCAGCAGAACCUCCUACACGGGCCGGACCACAGCCAUGGGCAGCAGCCCCAACAUCACCACCACAUCAGACAGCCAGGGCUAUGGGGACCAGAGCCACACCCAGCACCUCCAGGCAGGGGGGCCCUCAGGGCUGCUGAGGCAGGCUGGACGGGGUGGAGAAGGAGCGGGAGAAGACAUCCAGGUUCAGCUCAGGGAGCUGCAGAGAGAGAAUGAAUUGCUGAGAAGAGAGAUGGAUGGAGAGAGGGAUGGGAGAGAAGGGAGGAUGAGCUCUUCUGUCAACAGUAGAAAGAACUUCUGGAGCCCGGAGGUGAAAAGUCGAGACAGAGGGAUGAGGAAAGAGGAGGGAGCCCUUACAUCCAUCCUGAAGGAACAGAAGUGGGCCUCUCCAGAGGAGGACCAGCAUCUCCAGUUGUCAGUGCAUGGGCUACAGGAAGAGCUGAGAAGUCAUAGAGAGAUGAACAGUCGUCUGCAGCAAGAGAACUCGGGAUCUCACACAAACAUCUCCACUCACACCGGCUCGAACCGAGAACUCCAUAUUGAGGACCACCGGGCUGGCAUCAGCCCUGGACACAGUCCUGGUCUGGGCCCCAGUCACCUCCACAGCCCUGGGCAAAGACAUAGCCCCGGCCCUGGUCUAGGAGUCAGCCCCAGACACAGCCCCAGUAGCACCUACAACCAUGGGCCCAGAAACAGCCCUGUCCAUCCCCAUAGCCCUGAGUACAGCUCCAACGUCAGACACCACCAAGCUGACAUCCACAGCCCUGGGCACAACUCUGGGCCUGGCCCCAGACACAGCCCUGCUAACACUCUCAUCCCCUUGUCUAGAAAGAGCCCCAGCCACCUCAUCCACAGCCCUGGCCGUUGCCUCAGCCCUCCCAGCAGCCCAUGCAUGGUCCCUGGGUGCGAUGGCUUCUCCUCUCCCCCUCCCCUGGAUCUGACGGAGGAGAACUUCAGCCGACUGCAGUCAGAUCACGAACGGCAGGGCAAGGAGCUGUACCUGCUGAGGAAGACCCUGGAAGAGAUGGAGCUGAGGAUUGACUCCCAGAAACAGACGCUGGGGGCCAGGGACCAGUCCAUCCAGAGGCUGCUGGAGAUGAUCCAGGGAGGAGGGAGGGGUCAGCGAGUUGAGAGGUCAGAGAUAAUCACCAUGGCAACAGCACGCGAGGAGGCGGAGUACCAGGUGGGUCAUCUGGAGGAGCAGCUGGACCAGAGGGAGAAAGAGAACCUGCAUUUGAGAGAGGAGCUGCACAGGAGGAGCCAGCAGGACCCCACCAAGACUAAGGCCCUGCAGACUGUCAUUGAUAUGAAGGACACUAAGAUAUCGUCUCUGGAGAGGAACAUCCGAGACCUGGAGGAUGAGGUCCAGUUGAUGAAGACCAGCGGGCUGCUCCACCCUGGCGAACGCCUGGAUGAACUCAAACACAUGGAGGUCUAUAAAAGCCACUCCAAGUUCAUGAAGAAACAGGUAGACCAGCAGAAGCAGGAGCUGAAUAAGAAGGAAUCAGAGAUGCAGGCCCUACAGACCAAACUGGAUGCUCUGACCAACCAGAACUCAGACUGCAAACAGCACAUAGAGGUGCUCAAAGAAUCACUCAGCGCCAAGGAGCAACGCUCUACCACACUGCAGACCGAGGUGGAUGCGUUGCGUGUUCGUCUGGAAGAAAAGGAGUCCUUCCUCAGUAUGAAGACCCAGCAGCUCCAGGACCUGACGGAGGAGAAGGACACGCUGGCCGGAGAGAUCCGGGACAUGAAGGAUAUGCUGGAUGUUAAGGAGAGGAAGGUCAACAUCUUGCAGAAGAAGAUAGAGAAUCUUUUGGAGCAGUUAAAGGACAAGGACAAGCAACUGACGGGUCUGAGAGACAGAGUCAAGGGUCUCCAGACUGACUCCAGCAACACAGACACAGCACUGACCACGCUGGAGGAGGCCCUGUCUGAAAAGGAGCGAGUGAUUGAGCGUUUGCGUGAGCAGAAGGAGCGGGAGGACAGGGCACGGCUGGAGGAGGUGGAAAGGAUGAGGAAGGAGAACCAGGACCUGAAGGAUAGACUCUCCAUCCUGACGACACACACACCUGGGAAUACGGAAGAGUCAACCAGGAAGUUGUUAGAGGUCAGCGACAGGAUCAAGCUGCUGGAGGAGGAAGUGACGCGCUACCGAGAAGAGUCUGGGAAGUCCCAAGCCGAGGUGGAGAGGCUCAUGGGUAUCCUGAGAGAGCAAGAGACGGAAAGAACCAACAAGGAGAAGAAGAUCACUGAGCUGGAGAGGCAAGUGAAGAGUCCAAACAUCCUUAAACAGAUGGUUUCAGGGGAGAGGAGGCCAGAUGGACAGACUGACGGACAUCCACACUCCAUCUCACAGCUGGAGGAGAUGAUGAACGCCCUGGAGAAGACCAGGCAGGAGCUGGACACCACCAAGCAGCGCCUCUCCACUACCCAGCACUCCCUGCAGGAGCGGGACGGUCACCUGACCAACCUGAGGCUCGAGAGACGCAGACAGCUGGAGGAGAUCCUGGAGAUGAAGCAGCAGGCUCUUCUAGCUGCGAUCAGUGAGAAGGAUGCUAACAUAGCCCUACUGGAACUGUCCUCCUCUAAACGUAAGAAAUCACAGGAUGAGGUGAUGUCACUGAAGAGAGAAAAGGACAGGCUCAUGCACCAGCUCAAACAACAGACCCAGAGUAGGAUGAAGCUCAUAGCAGACAACUAUGAUGAAGAACAUCUACACCCUCAUCAUCCUCACCACCCCCACCCGGGGGUACACCCGGCUCACCCUGCUCACCCACACCACCGGACCCCUGCAAGAGGACCACCCCACGCCAACCACAGAGCCCCAAUGGACCAGGACGAUGAGGAGGGCAUCUGGGCAUGACCGUCGCCAUGGGGACUGAAGCUCCAAUCAUGAGAGCUGCUGGUGAGCCGGGUUUUGAACCAAACACACACUCCUGUUCAUCCCGGUGGAGCAGCUCUACUGAUCCAGGGACCAGACUGGCUGCAGCCCAGGAUCCUGCCCACCUGCCAUGGUUGAAGACAAUCCUUUUCCUGCCUUCAGUUGCAGAGAUGCUCUCUUUCCUCUCAGUGUUUGACAAUCAGAGAGCAUAGACUCGUAAAGUCCCAUGACCUCCGAGGCUCCGUUGGACAAGUAACCCUGACUGUUUCCACUGUACUUAUGAACUACGACUUUAACUCUCCAACAGUCAACCAAUCAUCUCACUGCCCCUGCCAGGUUCACUGGCUGACUGAUAAAUCCUAGACAACAAACUAGUCAGCCUAAAAACCAGAAGGACCAAUCAGAAAGGACCAUUGAGAGUGACCAAACAUAAUUUUUUUGUGUGUCGUUUUUUUAGAUAGUUUGUGAGCCCUUGAAAGACUAUGGGAAAGAGCAAAUCCUGAUGUGGGUUUGUUUACGUAGCCACAUACGGAUAGCAUUAGCAUGGUCCACAACAUGGACCUCAGAUCCACAUGGACCUUCUCAAUGUACCGUGCCAAAGGAACCACUCCCUGUCAGCAGAGAGACACUGAGAGGGGAACCGGGUUCCAAUUACUCUAGAACCCUCAAAGAGAACUCAGAGAAGUGUUCUGUGUAUGCUACCUUUCUCUGAAUGUUCUUAAGUCUGGAAACACUCCUGUCAUCCUAUCACUGGACAGCUCUCUUGGUUGACAGUGCUCCAGGUAGACGAUGUCCAUAGGAACUGAUCUAGGAUCAGUGCCCUUUCUAAAUCCUUAAUUAUCAAGUGGGAAAACACAACUGACCUCAGACCAGUGUCUAGGGGCAACUUCGUCCCUCUCCGGGUGAAGGGUAUAAACUGUGACCAAACAAAACCCUCUGAGGAAAUCAAACUAGGAUCUGUUUAGAGGUUGUUUUUUCUCUUGUGUUUUUCUCUCCCCCUGCUGUACUUUGUUUGACUAACGAGUAUCAUGUUGUGUUUGUUUUUCUACAUCUGAAACAGAUUGAGUACUGUUCUCUUUGAGGUUUGUAUCAGUUGUGUGUUUCUGCUUGUGGGUGAUGUUUUAUUUAGUAGUGUAUUUAUUGACUAGUUUAAUUGCAACAUGCAUUGGAGUGGCAGUAUUUAGGUAUCCAUGUUGAAGUCAGCACUCCCCAAUCAUCAUUUUGGAAUCAGAGAUUGAGGAGUGCUGCUUUCAGGGGACGAGUUGUCUAUACAUAUCAGUUUGCUAGUGAGGAUGUCGUGGUGUUUGAAGGUGACAUGAUCUCCGUUCUACUGAACCAGCAGUAAGUGUUUAGCUUGUACAGUUUUCUGUGUGUGUGUGUGUGUGUGUGUGUGUGUGUGUGUGUGUGUGUGUGUGUGUGUGUGUGUGUGUGUGUGUGUGUGCGUGUGUGUGUGUGUGUGUGUGUGUGUGUGUGUGUGUGUGUGUGUGUGUGUGUGUGUGUGUGUGCGUGCGUGUGUGUGAACAGUGUGAGGACUCAAUAUGCUCAAACUCUGCUAUUGACUUGUUAUACAGUGUGUUGCCAUGGUCAAUAUUAGUUUCUCGUUCAAUAAAAGUGUGGCGUUUUUC